AAUGUCAACAAAUAUGGCGUGCACGUGACGAUGCCGAGAUUUUCGCGUAUAGACUCUCUACAAACCGCCAAAACCUCAACGAAUCUCAAGAAAUCGCUCAAGAAAAACAACCGCCGCUCACGGCGCAAACGAAGCCGCCACAGGUAUUACAAACUUCUAAAGUACCUACGUCAGAAACGCUCGACGGACAACCUGUGCGAAUCGGUUGCAGUGUUCGACAUCGGCAUGGAGUGGACGCCGUCAGUUUCGGAGAACCUGCCCCGAGAUGUCGCCGACUGGCACAACAAAGAGCAGCUGGCUUACUGGAAGUCCCGCGCCCUAAGUCUAGAAUACGAAAACCGAAUGCUGAUGAUCCAUCUGAAGCACGUCUAUUCGACUUACGUGAGCGAAGCUGCCGAGGAGCUGGAGGAGGAGAGCAAACCGGGACCGUAUCAGCGAGUUAAGGAGGAGAAGGUGGAACGGGGGAAGGAAAAGGAAAAAGUGGAGCCCAGGUUGCCGGAGGGGAAGAAACGGACGGAAGAGGCGAAACGGUUGUACGGGGAGAAGAACUACGCUAAAAUUAUGGGGAUGGAGACUGCCAUGCAGCUGAAUUAUGACAGAUUGUGCGAGACCAAUAAGGCACCUUAUUGGCCCAACAUACCCAUUAAUUUGUGAUUUAAUUUAUUUCCUAAUCAUCACAUUUUCUAAUAUAUUACAUUAUUUACCAGCAAACUCUCAAUUUAUUUAUAAAAUGGUCUCUUUGCUGGUACAAAAAGUACUCAUAUAUAUGGAAAUUGUAUGAAGAAGUCGUUUUUUAAUUUAAAACUAGGUAAUUUUUUCUUUAGAAUAUAAAAUUAUUGCGAAUUGUAUUGGUGAUUGUGUGUGAGUGUGAUUGAAUAAAGAAUGUUAAAUAGUUUCUUUUACUCUUUAUUGUGACUGAACAAAUUUUGAUACCAAACAAAUUAUUUAUGCGUGGUUGACAGUUAUGAUUUUUAAAUGUGAAUACCAAACAAAAUAAAGAAAAAACCUUUGUCAUGA